GCUGAGAGGCCCUGUCCCCAGCUGGUUGUAUCCUGCCAAGAGCGCAUUUCACUGGAAAUUCUGCCGGCCAAAAAAUUCCCCAGCAUCACAGCACGACCGACUCUUUACCGCUUUCAGAUCCAUACUCUUCCGCCCCGACAAUUGGUGAUCUCUGACCUCAGAAAACGUGCACUGCAAUUAGGCAAAAAGACAUGUCCGCGACAACGGCCGAAGGCGCCGCGGCGCAGGAGGCAGCUGCAGCAAAACCACUUGGGAUGCGGAAGAAUGGUAACCUCAGACUCGAGGUCCGCGAUCUGCGCUUCGUUGUGCUAAUGCGAGCCCCAGGCAAGCAGUGGCAUGCCCCGAAGAAGGCGUUCCGUCCGGGAUCUGGUUUGACAUCAUACAAGCAGCGGGCGCAAGCGAGAGUGGCACAAGCGGCUACGAAGGCAAAGGAGAAGGAGAUGAAGGAAGAGAAGGAGGCAGAGCGACAGGUGCGCAUCGGUUCGCGAGCCCGAGAGGGAGAUGAGACACUAAUCAUCGUGCUCGCAGAGGCGGAUACAAGCGCUCAAGGAGAAGCGGGCUGCCAAGGAAGAGAAAGAACGGUACGAGCGGUUGGCGGCGAAGAUGCACAAGAAGAGGCUGGAGCGGUUGAAACGCAAGGAGAAGCGCAAUAAGCUACUCAACUCAUGAUCUCGACGGGGGGAAACACUGCAUCAGCUCGCCGCAAUACUCCGGGACUCCUUUUAUGUUUGACGGACCACAAUACCCUGUCAAACUCCGGCGUCGCAACGAUGUCAUGAACGGACCGGGCCCGAGGAAAUUAUCGCUCGAGGGUGAUACUGGCCAUCCUGUGCUGGCUCAGUCUCGGAGCUU